GUGUCAGUUCAAUCUGGUCCUUAAUACUGCUUACUUUCAUGUUAAACUUCAUUUUCUUGUCUUUAAUUCUCUUUUCUUUUGCUUAAUUCAGUGAAAAAGCCUCUGCUUUUUUUAUCAUUUGCUCAUAGUUCACUUAGUCUUUGAUUGGGAAGUUUUAUGUAUUGGCUAUACAGAGUUGUUUCCAAAGAAAGAAAAAGAUUGUAUUUUUGGGCCAAUGGAUGGGAAAAGAUUUGUUGUAUGCUGUUUGAAUUUGGAGAUUUUAGUGUGGAUUCUUUUAGUUUUUGCUGUACAACUUUCAUAUGAAGCCACCAACCCUGGAGAUGUUGCUGCAAUUAAUAACUUAUAUGUUGCUUUGGGAUCGCCAUUCCUUCCGGGCUGGAGUGCUGUUGGUGGAGACCCAUGUGGUGAACUUUGGCAAGGGAUCGUAUGCGAAAAUACAAACAUAGUGACAAUUCGACUCAAUGCUGCUAACUUGGGAGGUGAACUUGGGAAUAACGUAGCCUCAUUUACUUCUCUCAAAACAAUAGAUCUGAGCGGCAACCAUAUUGGUGGAAGCAUUCCGACCAAUCUGCCACUUGCCUUGCAGAAUAUUUUUCUUUCAGCUAACGCGUUCACUGGAAGUAUCCCUAAUUCUUUAUCUUCCCUGGGUCAACUUUCAGCUAUGUCUCUGAAUGGCAACCAUUUGAGUGGAGAAAUUCCUAAUUCCUUUCAAGGCCUUACCACUUUGGUCAAUCUUGACUUGUCGAAUAACAAUUUAAGUGGAUCGUUGCCACCAUCGGUAGGAAAUUUGCCUUCCUUGACUACUCUACAUUUGCAGAAUAAUCAGCUUUCUGGAACUCUUGAUGUUUUACAAAAUCUUCCUCUUGCAGAUUUGAAUGUGGAAAACAACUUGUUUUCUGGGCUUAUACCUCCGAAGUUGUUCACUAUUCCCAAUUUCAAAAAAGAUGGAAAUCUUUUCAACAGUAGUAUUGCUCCUUUACCUCCACCCACAUCAUCAACACCCCUUCCAGCACCUCCCGUUUCUGGGUCUCCAACUUCGGCACAGACGCCACCUUCUCAAAGCAAACCUGGAAAACAUGCUAAUAAUGGACCAUCAAUAUCUGCAGAGUCAAGUUCAAGAGCAAGCAAAAAGUCUUUAUCUGUUAAAAGGGUGGUCUGGAUAUCAAUUGCAUCAGUUUUGACAUUUAUAAUAUUGGUUUUAGCAAUUCUGCUCUUUCUGCCAAGGUGCCUCAGGAGAUGGCAUGAGACUCAAAGAACCCCCAAACACCAUGAAAUAACUCCUUAUAUGGGUGCCAGAGAGAAUCCUCGAGAUAGUGGGUCAUUAACCCAACCUGGCCAAAACAUAGAGAAAGCUCCCCUAGUUGUGACGCAAAAAGAAAAACAACCAAGAAGACCGGCUCUCAUUCCGAAGCCACAAAAUGAGCAGGAGGUAAAUGUGCAAACCAUGAGUUCAGUGCCGAAAAAGGAUAAUCGUGAGAUAAACCUUAGCAGAUUGGAUAGUGAUUUGAUGCCACCACCACCUCCUCCGCCGAUUCCUCCACAAGAGAGAGUUAUUGUCAAUCCAAUUGUACCUGUGAAAGAUACCUCAAUUAACCCUCCAACCAGGCCACUUCCACCAACUUCUGUGAAAUCUUACACAAUUGCAUCACUUCAGCAAUACACCAAUAGCUUUUCUCAAGAUAAUCUGUUGGGAUCAGGAAUGCUGGGUAGUGUAUACAGGGUAGAGCUUCCGAAUGGAAAGUUGCUUGCUGUCAAAAAGCUGGACAAAAGAGUUUGCGAUCACCAAAAGGAUGAUGAGUUUCUUGACCUAGUAAACAAUAUUGACAGAAUCCGUCAUGCUAAUGUUGUUGAGCUGAUGGGCUAUUGUGCAGAGCAUAGUCAAAGGCUUCUGGUCUAUGAGUAUUGCAGUAACGGGACACUACAAGAUGCACUGCAUUCUGACGAUGAAUUCAAGACACAACUUUCGUGGAAUACUCGCAUCAGGAUGGCUCUUGGAGCUGCAAGAGCUUUGGAGUACCUCCAUGAAGUCUGUGAGCCACCUAUUAUUCACAGAAACUUCAAGUCUGCCAAUCUUCUGCUUGAUGAUGAGUUGGCUGUACAUGUUUCAGAUUGUGGUUUGGCUCCACUAAUAUCAUCUGGUGCUGUGAGUCAGUUGUCCGGACAACUUCUCACGACAUAUGGCUACGGUGCACCAGAAUUUGAGUCAGGAAUUUACACUUCCCAAAGUGAUGUUUACAGUUUUGGCGUGGUGAUGCUGGAACUAUUAACAGGCAGAAUGUCAUAUGACCGGACAAGGAGUCGAGGAGAGCAGUUCUUGGUCAGAUGGGCAAUUCCUCAGCUACACGAUAUUGAUCUCUUGACAAGGAUGGUUGAUCCUUCUCUCAGUGGAAAAUACCCCAUUAAAUCACUAUCACACUUUGCUGACAUAAUUUCCCGAUGUGUUCAGCAUGAGCCAGAAUUCAGGCCACCUAUGUCAGAAGUUGUUCAGGACCUCAUACAAAUGAUAAGAAAAGAAUCUCACAAAAGAUCUGAUGGUGAAUGAUUUGAAUUAGACGGUGAGAAACUAAGAAAGAUCUGAAGAUUAUUGUAUUUAUUGAAGGAGCCGAGAUACUCUGAAAAGAAAUGCGGUUCGCAGGCUAAGUUCCCUCUUGACACAACUUCAAACCGAAGCAAAAGGCACCUCAAAUAAGCACAAUUCACGACAAAACCAACACAUGCAGGAGCUUAAUGACCUGUAAAUACAGCUUGGUUAUCUGAUUCUUGUCAAGUUGCAUCAUUCUAGUGUUCAUUUAGGCUACAUGUGACCAACAAUGCAUAUAAUUCAUUAGUCUCCAUUGUUUGACAAAUAUGUAUUAUUAUUUGUUGUUAAUUAGUAUAGGGGUGUCUCCUAAAGUUGUAUACUAGUAUUACUUUCUAUACAUGUACAACUUCAUUUGGUUGUACAAGGAUAUCUUCAUUCUUUGUGA